AUGCCUAUUACGAUAUCCAACGGAUGCCAUCCGCACGGAUCUAAUAUGAUUCUCACUGUCAUAACAAGCGAGAGUGAAGUAUUACAUUCGUGCGAAUGGCAUCCGUCGGAUACCGUAAUAGACUAUGAUCCCAAAGUGGUCGAACAGAAAGAGCAGGCGCAGCCUGCAUGUUUACCGUUGAGCUAUGUAUUGCGUUUCAUAUCGGAAGAUGCACGUAAAGAGAGCCCAUUUUUAUCCGCCAACAGUACGGGCGUUGAACUUAAGCGGAAGUUGGCGAUCAAACAUCACAGUUACAGUAUGUCGUCGUCAAAUCGCAGCAAUACGCCCACUGGCAGUGAAAUGGACGAUGAUGAAAUGGUUGUCUCAGAGUCGGAGGACAGCAAUGAUUCUUGGACAACUGAGGAGUUCAGUUCCGAGUUCAUAAUGCGUUACGGGAGCAGGCAUUCCGGAACCGGCAGCAAUGGGACACCGGGCAAUGAGAAGCCGUUUGCGUGUCCUGUGCCUGGUUGUAAAAAGCGUUACAAGAAUGUCAAUGGCAUCAAAUAUCACUCGAAGAACGGCCACAAAAAGGACGGAAAGUAA